CCUGUAUCUGGAUUAGCUUGUUAAACUCCUCCCUCUCAACUCAGCAGUUAAAUAGGCCCGAAGCUUCAGUGUCAGCACUGCUCUGUCUACAUCUUCCUCUCUCUCUGUUAUUCUCUUUACUCCUAAUUUAGCCAUUUUCAUUCACCUCUCAUUUUGCGAGUCCUGUUCUCAUUUUGGGAGUCCUUACUGAAUUUAAAGCAUGGAGUUGCAGGACUUUUGUUUGAGUGACAACUUUCAAUUCCUUAAUCAACAAAACAGCCUCUUGGAACCCUCAUCAUCUGAUGACCCUCCUUCUCCACAAGAUCAAACCAUUAAAACAGAUUCACCUAAUUUUACACCAUUCAGCCCAAGCAGCACAUCAGAGAGCAGCAGUUACAGUGUCUUUUCCCAAUCUCUCAAUCCUGCACACUUCACUCCUCAAGACAAUGAAGAGCUACAGCUGCAGUCUCAGACAGACUCCAUCCUAAACCGAGACUAUCUCACUUCACUUAGCCAUGGGCCCAAACGCCUGUGCCUGGUGUGUGGAGACUUUGCAUCUGGGUACCAUUAUGGUGUGGCAUCCUGCGAAGCCUGCAAGGCCUUUUUUAAGAGAACCAUUCAAGGAAACAUCGAGUACAGCUGUCCAGUGGUGAACAAAUGUGAGAUAACAAAGCGACGGAGGAAAUCAUGUCAGGCCUGCCGCUUUCAGAAAUGCCUGAGGGCAGGAAUGAUGCGUGAAGGAGUACGUAUGGAUCGUGUGAGAGGAGGCAGGCAAAAGUAUAAACGACAAGUAGAUUCAGGCCUGUCUGCCUUCAUCCAAACUCCAUACACACAUCCAGUUAAAAGCAUCCGUAAUAAGGUGAUUUCUCAGCUGUUAUCUUCUGAGCCAGCUCCACUGAGAGCCUCUCCCGACCCAGUGACCCCUGACAGUGACCUCAAAACUUUGAUGACAUUAUGUGACCUUUUAAACAGAGAACUGCUGGUUAUGAUCAGCUGGGCAAAACACAUACCAGGGUUCUCCUCGCUCUCACUGGUGGAUCAGAUGGCACUGUUGCAGAGUGGAUGGAUGGAAGCUCUGCUGCUAUGUGUGGUGUGGCGUUCAUUGGCGUCAACUCAGGGACUGGAAUUUGCUGAAAAUCUUCAUCUGAACGAGCCUCAGUGCAAAAAUGCUGGCCUGCUGGAGCUUUACACACCACUGAGACUCCUCAUCGACAAAUACCAGCAACUCAACAUCAGCCACGAGGAGGCUGUAACACUCCGAGCCAUGGCACUAGCCAACUCAGAUGCAGAGCAUGUGGAGAAUGGUGACAGUGUGCUGCGUUUUCAGGAUGGGCUGCACGAGGCACUGCAGGACUAUGAGGUGAAUGAGCGUGCAGCUGAGACACACCGAGUAGGCAGACUGCUUAUGACCCUGCCACUGCUCAGACAGAGUUCACACAGAGCUGUGCAGUGUUUCCGCCGCCUGCACAUACAACACCUCGUGCCCAUGCACAAGCUUUUCCUGGAAAUGCUGGACACCAAGAUUUAGAAAGAUAAAAGAAAUCACACAUGGGUGAAAAGUAUGGUUUUGGUUUUGUUUUUGUUUGGGUUUUUUGCAUUUGUAGUUUUGUACACUUUGAUUUUCUGAUACAUUGCAGAAUGAUUACUUGAAAAUAUAAAGUGAGCUAAUUAAUUUUGUAAAUGAAAUGAAAAAAGAAAAACACUGGAAAUCUUGAAAAACGUCAAGUCACUUAAACUUGAAAAUAAUGGAGACAUAGUGAAUAAUGUGUGAAUAUACACAUCCUGCAUGUGAAGGGCUGAAACACAUUCCCUUUCCCAUUGCAUUUUAAUAACACGAAGGAAUUUUGCAAAGUUUAUAUAUUACUUCAUCUAAAAUUAUGUGAUAUUUUUUGAAUUAGAUGAAAUGUAAGUUAUUUUGUCAAUUAGUUUAUAUAUGAUUUGUGGUUAGUAGCUUCUUGGAAUUUCCAUUGCAUCUGUUAACACUAAUGUUAGGUUUAUUAUUUUGUUUCUAAAUGAAAUAACUAAGCCAUGGCACUGUCACUAUAAUUUACUAUUUAUUGUCUUAUUUAUUAAAUAUAACAAUGACCAUGCUUAUUUAUUUGUAAAUAAACAAUUUAUCGAA